GAUGCCGGAGACGGAGCAGCUUCGGGUAGGAGUGGUGGAGCGUCGUCAGCACCGCUCGUGCUUCCGCUGCGGCGGCACAGCGCUGGGAGUGCCUCGUUGCCAGCCUUUCCCGGUGGGAUUCGCGCGCCAUACGUCUACGGUCACGAUGCGCACCACCUCGCUGAGGAGCAAGAAACCGGAGCGACCACUAAUGCGACGGAGCAACACUCAAGUUUCGGAAAACCGGUCCCCACGCUUCAAGAUGUCUACCAGAACACGGGUCUUUUUGACGAUUCACACCCGGAAUCGCAGGACCGUCAGCGUGUGCACCAGGAUUUUCAUGGCGAGCAAAUUCUUGGAGGGCGCGCAACAGGGGCGAUGAGCCUCGCCAUCAACUACAUCAACAAGAACAAUGCGCCCGGUGCUGCAGGAGCAGCUGGUGCGCCGGGAGGACGAAGUAGUAGGGGUCGCAAAAGCCUCUCCAACGAGCAUCAGCGUGCUGAGCGACUUCGGGUUCCCGUGCAGAUGCCCCGUUCGGCGGAAUAUAUCACCGAGAUCGACGCAAAGGAAGUUCUGUUGUGGCGGGUUCCGUGUCACAACGCUUGCGUCGCUUCGGUACGCUUGCGGGAGCAUCCUUUAGCCAUGGCGCAGAUUGUGAACGAGGAGCAACAUUGUGGUGCCGCGCUGCCGCUGGAGGUGCAGCGUGAUCUGCAACGCGUCUUGCCACCCGGAAAUCGGCCAGCCACUAGACUGGCGUCCGGCGUCAAGUUCGAUCAGGCUGCCAAAACAGGCGCAGGUGCUGAGAGCAACACACUCGAGCUGAUUCUCCAAGGUGUGUAUUUGAACGUCGGCUUGCAGACAAUCUCCGCUUGCGGCUCCGACUUCGCAGUGCGGCAGUUUCUUGACUACAUCGCGCAAGUGAAAAGUUGCGAGGAUUCGGUGCUGCUACCCAAGCGCAACAGCGUUUUUAUCAGCUUUCUCUCGCGUGUCAUAGCCGCAUCUUCAUCUAGUGCAGGUGUGGACACUUCUGGUGGUCCUGAUCCAAGCGUCGGCGCAGAGCAACCUCCAAGAGGUACACCGGCGGCGCCACCGAAGGAUCGGCGGCCUCAGUUACACUUCGUAUGGGAGCGGUUGAAGCAAGAGCAUAUUAUCGGGAUAGAGGAUAUCGGGGUAUGGAUGAGCAAGGUGCACAUUUUCGCUCGUGACUGGGGCUUACGGCACAAAGCGAAACAGUUUUUGCGGUCGGCAGAGUUCGCGCAAAUUCUCGAGAGCGCCUGCGUCGCGCAGCAGGAACGGGCGCGCACUCACGGCCAGUGGCUCAUCAGCAGUGAAAACGGCUCGCCGCAGUGGCUGCAGCCGGGUCUUCCAAGGGAAGCGUACAUGUUGGGAGGGGGCGGCGCAAGUGCAGCCGCAGCGAACGUGGCGCCAGCUCCACUGAGUAUCGAACAUCAACAAGGAGUUAGUCAUCCACCUCCUCAUCGCGUUGUUGUUCUUUCGCGCCCUGGUUGUGCUGCCCUGUCGACGG